AUGAAGUUUGAUAAUUCAGAUAAAGAUAUUGCUGUUACAUUUGAAGAAAAAUCCCUGUUCCCAAAUACCCCUCCAGAAAGUAUUCAUACAUUAACUAAAUCAGAUAAUCAACAACCUAAUAAUGGUAUUGAUUCUAAAGAAUUAUGUGAAAAAUUAGGUGAUGCUCAUAGUAACAUUUUACCUACAUCACAAAUCAUUAUAAUCCUAUUAACUUUAUCUUUAGCUACUUUAGUUUCAUUUAUGGAUCAAACAGGUAUUACUGUUGGAUUAUCUGAAAUUGGUAAAGAUUUAAAUUCACAACAAACAAUUAAUUGGGCAGGAUCUGCUUCAUUAUUGGCAAAUACUGUAUGUCAAGUAUUAUUUGGUAGAAUGAGUGAUAUAUUUGGUAGAAAAAAAGUCAUUAUGACAUGUUUAAUGAUUUUAAUUAUUGGUGAUGUUGCAUGUUCAGUAGCUAAAACAGGAAUUGAAUUUUAUAUAUUUAGAGCAUUAGCUGGAAUUGGAAAUGGUGGAGUAUCUUCAUUACUGAUGGUUAUUUUAAGUGAUAUUGUUUCAUUAAAAGAUCGUGGGAAAUUUCAAGGUAUUCUAGGUAGUUCAGUUGGGAUUGGUAAUGCAAUUGGACCUUUUUUAAUGGGAGCUUUUAUUAAAACAAGUAGUUGGAGAAGUUAUUAUUAUUUCUUAGCACCUUUAGGGUUUAUGGUUAAUGUUAUAUUUUAUUUUUGUCUUAACAAUAAUAGUAAGAAAUUAAAUCAAGUUGUUUCAAGAAAAGAAAAAUUUAAAAAUAUAGAUUAUUUUGGUAUUUUAAUAGCUAGUGCUAGUUUAACUUUAUUAUUGAUUCCAUUAAAUGGUGGUGGUUCAACUUAUCCUUGGGAUAGUAAAAUAGUUAUAAUUAUGUUUACUCUUGGUGGUUCAUUGAUGAUUUUAUUUUUAGUCAUUGAAUGGAAAUUUGCAAAAUUACCCAUGAUUCCAUUAAGACUUUUCAAAAGUAAAUCAUUAUGUUUAUUAUAUUUUGCAACUUUUUGUUUUGGUGCUGCUUAUUUUAGUUUCACUUAUUAUAUGCCUUAUUAUUUUCAAAUCAUUAAAGGCAAAGAUGAAAUUCAAACAGCAAUCUUUGUAUUACCUUUAGUUCUUACUCAAGCUGGCGGGUCCAUAAUUUCUGGUCAAAUAAUAACUCGUACGGGUCAUUAUUUUUAUGUGGUUACCGCGGGAUACAUUUUAUGGCUAUUAAGUUGCUGUUUAUUGAUUCUUUGGAACGAAUCUUUAAAUGAUGGUAUUUGUAUUCUUAUAUUGUUAAUAAUGGGUAGCGGAGUAGGAUGCUCAUUUCAGCCUUCAAUGGUUGCUGUUCAAGCCAAUUGUUUAAAAUCAGAACGUGCUGUUGCCAUAUCCACAAGAAAUGUUUUACGAUCAUUAGGUGGAUGUGUCGGUAUUGCUGUUGGUUCAACUAUUGUUAGUAAUACCGUUCUAAAAGAGUUGAAUAGUAUUAAUGACGAUAAUACAUCAUUGACAGAUUCAAUUAUUACAUAUAUUCAAGGUCAUAUUUAUGAAAAAAUCAACAUUAGUAAUCUUGAUCCAAUUCAAGUAUCUGAAAUUAGAGAUAUAUACUCAAGAGGAUUAAGAAAUUAUUUCUAUUUUUUAAUCCCAUUGAUGGGUAUUUGUGUUGUUACAGCAUUGUUUGUUAAAGAUAAUGGCUUAAAAGCAUUGGAUGAACAAGAAGAUCAAGUACCUACUCAAAAGGUUAAAGAUAUUGAAUCUUCCGCUACUUCAAUAACUAUUAGAUAA